AUGACACAACCAUUAGCCGGGACUGAUCUUGCUUCUUCGCAAGCUCAAUCUUCAACAGCUGUGACAAAAUUCAAAGGAAGUUUCACAGAUCAUCUUGCCAACGAACGAACAUUUCUAGCGUGGACAAGAACCAGUCUCGGAAUAUUUGCUUUCGGCUGUGCGAUAACACGAUUCGGUGGAUCAGAAUACGGUCGAAUUAAUUUUCAAGGUCCACCUGUAGAAUUCAAACCGCUAAUAUGUGGUGUUAUUUUAAUAGCAUGUGGAAUUAUGACAUUACUCUAUAGUAUUUAUCGAUACUAUCGCAUCAAUCGUCAGAUAAUGGACAGAGAUCUAACAGAAGUAUCUCAAGUACGCGAACCAAUUAUAGCUGCACUUGUCUUGCUUGUGUCAGCAAUUGCUAUUCUAAUUCUUUUUGUUCUGUUAUAA